AUGGCGCAGGAAUUCUUCGACGACGACCAAGUCUGUGUUUUCUUGACCUAUCGUAUAACAGACGAGCAGAUCAAUACCUUGAAAGCAUGCAUUGGGGGUGAUAUAGGAAUAGCAGAAACCGUGGAGAUACUGAAGAAAUUCCCAUCAACUGCAUCGUCCUCUGUUGAGUUACAGCAGAGACUUUGUGGACUGUGGACACUACUCAACGAUACUGCCGUUGGUAUACCAACCGCACAACCCACCAUCAUUUCUAUCCUACGGCACAUCCAGACUUUACCACGAGCAGAGCUACCGCAAGAUAAGGACCAAGAAUAUUUCGACUUCGACGAUGGUUGCUACUGGCGAGAACUUAGCUGGUGGCCUUCAGACGCGGCCGAUAAACAAAAUUACUAUUUUGCAAACUACAAACUCGAAAAGCAUGGGCUAGAAGAACAUAUGAAGCGUCGAGAGAACUGCAUCAGUGCUAAUGCCUACACCGCUCGCCUUGCUGCCACAGGCGAUGAGACUCUCGCAAUGCAGGGCGCAGCACUUGAUAGAGCCGCUUUAGUCGCGAUGACGGAUCUGCAGAAGAAAGACGACGCGCUUGACUCAGGCUGUGUUGAGACAGCAGCGCAGUUAUUUGUUUGUGCAGCUCGCGAGAUGUUCUGUCUUAUGCAAGGCGACCCAGAGGGCGAGGACGUACACAGCAAGCAUGCCCACAGUGGCCAAUGUCUCAUCAGACGCAAAGAGGAUCAUACACCCAAGGACUUAUGGGAUUUCUUUAGAGAGAGGUGGAGUCAGAUUGCUGAGAUAGGAGAACUUCCUUUGGAGACUCGGGCAGCGGCGAGGAGGGCGCUAGAGGCUAUGGGACAAGUAACUGUGGAGGGAAAGUAA